AUGGUGAAAAAUAUGCUUCAUUUGAUUAAGAAGUCAAUGCUAAUUAUUAUUAUUACUAUUCAGCUUAGAAAUAAAACUGAAUUACUAUUUAAAUAAUUUAAAUUGCUGAUUGCUUUGAUGGCUUCCUGUUAGUAAAAAUAUUACAAUUCAGGAUCACCAACCCUUAUCCAUCUGAGAAGGAUACAUCACAAUCAGAAUCAGUAUAGCUGGAAUAAUAUUCCUGACUUCAUGAAUGAGGUAUCUGUAUGACAGAAAUUGUUCACUAAAAUCAAAAAAUCUGCUAAAUUCUUGCGCAAUUUAGAUAAAAGAUUUUGGCCCAAAAUUAAAAACACAAUAAAAUAGCCACAAUUUAAAUACAUUAUGAAAAUCUAGAAUAUUAUAUUUAGAAAAGUAAUUAUUAUACAACUUACGCCUCC